AACAAUUUAUCGUCACCCUCCCACAAAUACAAAGGAUCAGAAAAUGCAGAAUUCAAGAUGUAAUGCAAGUUAAUAAAAAAGCAGAAACCAAAAACCAAGCAGAAGAUAUGGCGCAUCAUUUGCUAGCGAGCUACCCCAACAUAUCAGGAAAACUCAGCAAAGAAAUUUCAUCAUAUGGAUAUACUCCUUCUAGACCAGCUAACAUUUUUAGGACAAGUAGUUCAUCUUCUUCUUCAAUGCAAUGCAGAAGCAGCAGCAGUUCGACGUCGUCGGCCGAUCAGGAAGAAGUAGGGUUUGUGAGGAGUGGGAAGUUUGGUAUUGACAGAAAGGGAGAGUUCAGGUAUUUGGUGAGUGAGUUUGGUUGGAAGGUCAGGAGUUUGUUCAGAAAUGGGGAUGAGGUGAGGAAGGCAGCUUAUGUUCAAGCUGAAGCAUUUCAUGAACCUGUAUUUCUCUUCGAUGAUUUCUUCUUCACCUUCUUCCAGGCUGAAGUGCUUUCUGGGCUUGUAUAUAAACUUAGGAAUUCACCCCCAGAUAGAUACGCUUGUUUAGUUGCUGAGUCUACCCCUGAAACUUCCGAGUCACAAGAACUUGUGGGAGUUGCGGACGUCACGGCGUCGAGGGACCAGGCCGUCCUUCGGCAUCUCCCAUCUAGGGCACCGGAAUAUCUUUACGUGUCCGGCAUUGCUGUUUUGAAGAGUUUCAGGAGGAAGAAAAUAGCAACCGUUCUGCUAAAAGCGUGUGAUGCGCUCUCGGUCGAAUGGGGUUUCGAGUAUCUUGCCCUCCGGGCAUAUGAAGACGAUUACGGCGCUCGCCAAUUGUACUCGAACGCAGGCUACCGAGUUGUCUCCAGCGAUCCUCCAUGGCUGAGUACUUGGAUUGGACGGAAACGCCGUGUUCUGAUGGUCAAACACUCUACUAAGACAUGAUACGUUAAAUCAUUGUGUGUUUGCAACGUAAAGGUAGCGAUUUUUAACGAGAAGUGUUAAAAUCGCUAGUCAUAAAUGACUAACUCAUACCAUCGCUAACAAAGAAAGAACGACGAAGUUCGAAUAGCCGGCAAAAACUAUGAGCUUUUAUAGUUUUAUUGAGCUAAGAAGUUUGUCCAAAGAAAAAAUAAAAUUAAAAUACAAUAUUCCUUUUUUCUGCUCUA